AUGCGGGUCAGUGGUCGGACCUUGGCUCAUUUGAUACCUUGCUCGCGGUCGACUGGGCAAGUUUCGCUCAUCCCAUCUUAUCAAUGCCCUGUCCAUCGGACGAUCUGCCACCAUGCGCGUCGCGCUCGAUUGCGCGCUCGCGUGCCCGCAGUGGGACUGCCAUUUGAACAACACAGGGGCGCUAAAACGCAGACCACAGCCAAAUGGAACGACCUCCCGCAGGGUGUUGUGAAGCUAGAAGCAUACGAUGACGGCGUGGAUGAGGCUCCUCGGUAUCCCACUGUGGUGCAAGGGCAUCGCAACAACAUGCAGAAGUUCAAGAACUGUGUUAUCCUGACAAGAGUGGGAGGUUUCUACGAGCUUGCGUCCAAGAAAACCAGCGCCGGUCCCGUUCCCAUGGCCGGAUUCCCCUUUUUCCAGCUCGACCGAUUCCUCAAAAUUCUCGUCCAAGACCUGAACAAAUAUGUGGCUAUCAGUGAGGAGUUUGCGAUCGAGGCAGAGGAUAAAGCAAAGACUGGGGGCCUGAUGUUCGAUCGGAAGGUGGCUCGGAUUAUCACGCCGGGCACGUUGAUUGACGAGAAGUUCAUCGAUUCUUCCGAGAAUAAUUUUCUGCUGGCCAUCUACUUCGAUAUCCCUGCUUUGGCAGCGCAAUCCACACAGCAGGUUGAUGCGCAGUCAUCACAGCACCUACUGUCUUCCGCCCCUCAGCGGGUAGGGCUGUCGUGGAUGGAUCUAUCGACAGGGGACUUUUAUACCCAACUCACGACGACGCAGAUGCUGCCAUCUGCCAUUGCUAGGAUAGGGGCUCGCGAGAUACUUGUUGAUCAGAAUGUUCAAUCUCUUCUUGGCCAAGAACUGCAGCUCCUCGUUGGCCAUGAACACCGUCUAGUUACAUUCUUCCGGUUCCCCGAGGCAUUUGCGCCGAUGUCUGAAUGGGACUCGAUGCUAGCGGCCCCAGUUCCUGAAGAUACCCAUGCCUCAUUUACUGCAGAGGAAGUAGCUGCUGGGUAUAGCCUGCUCGAGUACACUCGGGUCCAGUUGCAGAGGACGGACCUCAAGCUUCAGCCUCCCCGCCGGCGGCACUCAGACGAGUCCAUGAGUAUUGACCGGAACAGUUUGAGAGGUCUUGAGAUUCUUGAGACUGCGCGAGACGGGUUUGGAAAGGGAAGUCUGCUUCAUGCUGUCCGCAAAACUAGCACCAAAAGUGGCGCUCGUCUUUUGCGCGAUCGACUAACCUCCCCAUCGACAUCGCUUCAGGUUAUCAACGAACGUCUCGAUCUCGUCUCGGUCUUCAUUGAGAACGAGGAUCUGCGUGAUAGCGUCAUUCAGCUGUUGAAACGCAGCUAUGAUGCUCAGCGCUUGGUCCAGAAGUUUGCCCUCGGCAAAGGCGAUGCCGACGAUCUGAUUUGUCUUUCCCGGGCCAUCGAAGCGGCCAAGGAGGUCAGACAAGUACUCGCUGGUCACGAAAGACUUCUACAAAUUUCCGACACAAAGCAAAGUCUCGCAUCCAUGAUAUCUCGACUCCAUCUUGAUGGUCCUCUUGCUCUGGCGGAGCGAAUCCUCGCCGCCAUCGACGAAGAUGGUCUCCUUCAGCAGCAGCGUAUUGAAGAUAACACUGCAGCCGAAGCGGCACGCCUGGCGCACGAAGUUGCUAUGAACGAAGGCACAGCCAGCGAACUAGAAACGCUGCCAAAGAAAGUUCGAGCGCAGAGCCGGCAUCGCGCAGCCACGGGGGAUGCCGAAUCAGGGCCCAUCGAGACCUGGAUCAUGCGUCAUGACGCUAGCGAGACCCUGAAAUCUCUCCAUGAGGACCUGGAGGGGUUUUUUGACGGAAAGGCUCAACUGACCCAGCGCCUUCGCGACUAUGUUGGAUCUACUCAUCUGAACCUCAAAUGGACACCCGGGCUCGGCCAUAUCUGCCACAUCAAGGGCGCGAAGAUCUCCCAACAGUCUCUCGAAGAACUAGGUGUCACGCGAAUUGUCUCAUCUACCAAAUCCACUCGAUCGUUCUACCUCCCCGCCUGGACCGAACUCGGCAACCGGAUGGAUGCCGUCAAAGUGCGCAUCCGACAGGAAGAACAGGCACUCUUCGAGCGGCUUCGCCGCGAGGUCAUUCUGAACCUGGUCAAAAUUCGGCGGAACGCAGCAGUCAUGGACGAACUCGACGUCGCCUGCUCGUUCGCCACCCUCGCCCAGGAACAGCAGAUGGUCCGGCCGAUUCUCAACGAAGGCACCACGCACAAGAUCGCUGCUGGGCGCCAUCCAACCGUCAAACUCGGAUUGGAAGAACAAGGCCGCUCCUUCGUCAGCAACGACUGCUACAUGGGCGGGCACGAGCGCAUCUGGCUCAUCACGGGGCCCAACAUGGCCGGCAAAAGUACCUUCCUCCGGCAGAACGCCCUGAUUACGAUCCUCGCGCAAGUCGGCUCGUACGUGCCGGCCGCGUACGCCGAGAUCGGGCUGGUCGACCAGAUCUUCAGUCGCAUCGGGGCAGCGGACGACCUCUUCCGCGACCAGUCGACGUUCAUGGUGGAGAUGCUGGAGACGGCGGCGAUCCUGCAUCAGGCGACGCCGCGGUCGUUCGUGAUCAUGGACGAAGUUGGGCGCGGCACGACUCCCGAGGACGGGACGGCGGUUAGCUUUGCGUGUCUGCACCACUUGCACUAUCAGAACCGCAGCCGCGUGCUGUUCGCGACGCACUUUCAUGCACUGGCGGAUAUGACGGAGUCAUUUGAGGGUUUGGCCCGGUAUUGCACCGAUGUGAAGGAGAGCGCGUCAGGGGCGUUCUCGUUCGUGCAUCGGCUGCGGAAGGGGGUGAAUCGCGAAUCGCAUGCUCUCAAGGUGGCUCAGCUGGCUGGACUUCCACGGGAGACUCUUCAUCUUGCUACCCGUGUGCGCCAGCAGAUGAGGGCGGAGAUGAAUUCUCCGCGGGCUGGGGAAGGGGACUGGUGUGUUUCGCGGGGGUGUCUAAUUGGCGAUUUCCGGGGUUUCCCUUAG